UGUCCUUUUCUCGGAUUUUCCGGUCAUAGAUACAUCACAAAAUACUCUGUGUCUCUCUACUUUCAAGAAGAAUUAGAGGGUUUAGCAGUGAAGGAUGAAGCUGAAGCAAUUAGAAGGUCUUCUUGGUUCUCUUGACCAGUUCUCCACUCCAAAGAUUGAACUUGAACAAUACCCUACUGGACCCCACAUUGCUUCUCGCAUGCUUUUCACUGCUGAGAAUUCGUUUGAGGAUGUGAACAGUAAGGUGGUAGCUGAUUUUGGAUGUGGUUGCAGUACAUUAGGCCUUGGUGCGGGUCUUUUGGGAGCUGAAAGUGUUAUUGGGCUAGAUAUUGAUACUGAGUCUCUUGAGAUUGCAUCUGCAACCAUGGAUGAGCUUGAGCUAGACAUGGAUUUUAUUCAAUGCGACAUGAGAAACUUAAAAUGGAGAGGUCAGAUUGUUGAAACAGUGGUUAUGAAUCCACCUUUUGGUACACGGAGGAAAGGUGCUGACAUGGACUUUCUCUCUGCAGCAAUGAAGGUUGCUUCUCAAGCUGUUUAUUCCUUGCAUAAGACUACAACAAGAGAACAUGUGAAAAGAGCAGCAUUGCUAGAUUAUAAUGCAAGAAGUGCUGAAGUUAUAUGUGAGGUGCACAUUUAUUUUUGUAUUCAGCUAACAGUUCUGAAAUAUCAAGCAACCUGAUUCAAUGUUUGGUUUUCCUUCUUGUUGAUGCUAGUGAUAAGGGCCCGUUUGUCCAUGAGAAUUAUU